AUGAAGACUUUGGAACCGGACCAUCCACGUGUUGCGACAACCUACAACAACAUUGGUAGCGUUUACAAUGAUCAAGGCGCAUAUUCUCAAGUAUUGAGCUAUUAUCAGGAAACUCUUGAAAUCCAGCUGAAGACCUUUGGAGCGAACCAUACAAAUGUUGCUACAACGUAUAACAACAUUGGACUGCUUUACAAAGCGGCAGGACAAUAUACUCAAGCAUUGAACUAUUAUCAGCAAACUCUUGAAAUCCAACUGAAAAGUUUGGGAGCCAACCAUCCAGUUGUUGCGACAACGUACAACAACACUGGACUGCUGUACAAAGCGGAAGGACAAUAUACUCAAGCUUUGAGCUAUUGUCAGCAAGCUCUUGAAAUCCAAUGCGGGACGGUUGGAUCGAACCAUUCAAGUGUCGCGACAACGUACAACUACAUUGGUAGACUUUACUGUGAUCAAGGCGAAUAUUCUCAAGGAUUGAACUAUUAUCAUCAAGCUCUUGACAUCCAACUGAAGACUUUGGGACGGAACCAUCCACGUCUUGCGACAACAUACAACAACAUUGGCAGAAUUUACAAUGAUCAAGGCGAAUAUUCUCAAGCAUUGUACUAUUAUCAGCAAACGCUUGAAAUCCAAGCGAAGACUUUGGGAUCGAACCAUUCAAGUGUUGUGAUAAUGUACAACAACAUUGGUGCAGUUUACAAUCACCGGGGCCAAUAUUCUGAAGCAUUGAGCUGUUAUCAGCAAACGCUGGAAAUCUUACUGAAGGCUUUGGGACCGAACUAUCCAAGUGUUGCUACAACGUACAACAACAUUGGUGGAGUUUACUAUGAUCAAGGCGAAUAUGCUCAAGCAUUGUACUAUUAUCAGCAAGCUCUUGAAAUCCAAGGGAAGAGUUUGGAAUCGAACCACCCGCGUGUUGCGAUAACGUACAACAACAUUGGUGCAGUUUACAAUCACCAAGGCGAAUAUUCUGAAGCAUUGAGCUGUUAUCAGCAAACGCUUGAAGUCCUACUGAAGACUUUUGGACCGAACCAUCCAAGUGUUGCUACAACGUACCACAACAUUGGUAGAGUUUACUAUGAUCAAGGCGAAUAUGCUCUAGCAUUGUACUAUUAUCAGCAAGCUUUUGAAAUCCAAAGGAAGAGUUUGGAAUCGAACCAUCCGCGGGUUGCGAUAACGCACAACAACAUUGGUACAGUUUACAAUCACCAAGGCGAAUAUUCUCAAGCAUUGAGCUGUUAUCAGCAAACGCUUGAAAUCCUACUGAAGACUUUUGGACGGAACCAUCCAAGUGUUGCUACAACGUACAACAACAUUGGUGGAGUUUACAAUGAUCAAGGCGAUUAUUCUCAAGCAUUGAGCUAUUAUCAUCAAACUCUUGAAAUCGAACUGAGGACUUUGAGACCGGACCAUCCAAGUGUUGCGGUAACGUACAAUAACAUUGGACUGGUUUACAAAUCGGAGUGCGAAUAUGGUGAAGCAUUGAAAUGUUUUGAAAACGCGUUGGAUAUUGCUCGAAACACACUGGCUCCUACUCAUCCUCAAACUGAGUUGUUUCAAUCUAGGAUCUUUCGUUUCAUUUCUAAUUCUUGGUCGAAACAAAUCCGUCAUGAAAUUGCACCAUUAAUAAAAAUCGCUAAACGUCAACCAUCACCACAACCUUUAAAUUCACAACAAGAACAAGCAACAUCAUCAAUUGCUAACAACAAUAUUAAUAGAAAUGAAUUAAAGACGACAUCAGUUCGUCCCACAUAUUCAUCAAGGGAUUCGUCAUCCUAUUCUAAACCAAAUCAACAGUAUUCUGGACAAACCGAUAAUGAAAAUUAUCAACCACGUCCAAAUCAAGACAAUCGUUCAUCACGCUCACCCAUUUAUCAUCAACCACGCUCAAUAGUUUAUAAAAAUAUACAACAAGAAGACACAACAGGCGAUUUCUCAGAAUAUUCGAACUACCGUUUUAACAUGUCACUUAUGGACCUUCAAUUUACUCCGAAUUUUUAUGAAAAUAAUCCUUCUCGAUCAUCAUACCCACCCCAGCGUCCACCGUCUCCAUACUCUAGCAAUAAACACAAUUAUUCUCAACACUUAGAUCAUCGAAAUAAUAACAAUCAACAAUCUGCUGACAAUUUUUUGUCUUCAUCUUAUCUUUCUCGUCCACCGAAUCGCAAGGUUAGUUUUCAUGAUUCAUCCUCUAAUUCUGGACAACAAACAUCAAUAACACUUGAUAACAAUUUUUAUCGUGAUCGUACAACAGUUACAAUGAAUCAUCAACAGCAACAACCUGUUACAAUCAUCGACGAUUAUAUUAGACAACCGCAUAUUCCGUCAUUUCAUGAUUAUCAACAUCAAUACAAUACACGUUCAUCUAGCAAACCGUCACUUCCUCCUAACACCACCCCACAGUUACCGAUAUCGUCAAUCAUACCAAUAACACAAUUAUCAUCUCCAUCAAUUCUGGCUCUUCCACCAACCUAUGAUCCAUCACUCGCCAAUCUCAACGCUCAUCACCUCACUGGCAUUAUCUAUACCCUUGGCAAAGUUCAACUUACACAACCAGAAAUUAAUCUUUUAUCCAAAGGGCUCAAAUUCGUGCCCACCAACCGCCUACAGACAUCUCCAUCCCUUUUGCAAAGCAUCGAUCGUCUCCUUCUUCUUCCGCCAUGCAUCAAUAUCUCUCAAAAACAAGUUGUAGAUGCGAUAUUCUACCGACGUAAAAAUUAUAUACCGAAUCUUCCCGUCACUGACUACCAAGCAUUACAAUCUCUUCGACGUCGCUUAGAUAUAGUUAUUAAACCAGCCAAUAAAAAUGUAGGAAUAGUUGUUAUUGAUAUUAACGUUUAUGAAAGCAAAUCAUUACAACAAGUUAAUAAUACCGAAUAUUAUCGACAGCUUGAUUACAAUCCAAGUCGAAAAACAUUUAAUUUGGUUAAAUCUAAACUUGAGCAAUUACUCAACAACAAACAAAUAAACAAAACAAUCCACAAAUCCAUCACUCCAAAAUAUCCUGGUUUAGGCGUUUUUUACAUAUUACCAAAAAUUCAUAAACUACAAAGCCCGGGUCGCCCAAUUAUUUCUAACAUUCACCAUUCAACACAUCGUCUAUCAAAAUAUUUAAGCAAAAUUCUUUCACCAUUUAUUCCAGUAUUAUCACAUAUCGCUUCUGCCAUCUACAAUUAG